AAAAUAGUAGUUCUCAUAGACAGAAUUGUUACCUUUAAAAAAACAUUUUCCAGUAAAAUAAAUAAAUAAAGAUGAAUACAGAUAUUAUAAGAUAUUAGGUGAAAUCUCCACAUAUAUUUUUGCCACAGUUUACACAGGUUUGAUUAUUAAAAACUUCCUGAACAGCUGUUAGUUUCAGUGUAAAGGGGACAAUAAAUGGUGCAUUCACGGACAUCCACAUGAUGAGGAGGCGUGACUCUCCCCGGUCAUGUGAGCGUCACCAGCGGCUGCGGGGCCAAAGAGCAGCGGGGACACCGGAGCGCCAUGUCACUGGCGGACAGCAGCACCCUGGCGGGAUGGUGGAUUGGAUUUAACUGGACAGCGACAGCGACACCGACAGAUUGCUGAAAAGAUUAAGAUCUGAUAUACUGGUGCUUCCUCUAUUAUUUGUGUCUCACAACUCCUAAACUCUCCGAGCCACGAUGGCCAAGUCGGCCCUCCUGAAGGUCAUCCUGCUGGGUGACGGUGGCGUGGGAAAGUCGUCCCUCAUGAACCGCUACGUCACCAACAAGUUCGACUCGCACCUCUUCCACACCAUCGGCGUGGAGUUCCUGAACAAGGAGCUGGAGGUGGACGGCCACCUGGCCACGCUGCAGAUCUGGGACACGGCGGGUCAGGAGCGUUUCCGCAGCCUCCGUACGCCGUUCUACCGCGGCUCCGACUGCUGCCUGCUCACCUUCAGCGUGGACGACGGCCAGAGCUUCAGCAACCUGAGCAACUGGAAGAAGGAGUUCACGUACUACGCCGACGUCAAGGACCCCGACAACUUCCCCUUCGUGGUGCUGGGCAACAAGCUGGACGUUCCCGAGCGGCAGGUGUCGGGGGAGGACGCCCGGCAGUGGUGUCGGGAGAACGGAGGACACCCGUACUUUGAAACCAGCGCCAAGGAUUCUACCAAUGUGGCGUCGGUGUUCGAGGAGGCGGUGCGUCGCGUCCUGGCGAUGGACAACAGAGCGGAUCACCUCAUCCACAGCAACACGGUGGACCUGCAGAGGAAGAGCCCCCCCGAGUCCACCUGCUGCUGAGCGGACCCCCAGCAGGUCACCCCCGUGGUGUGAGACUCUGGAGAAAGAGGAACUGGGGUCUGCUCAGUUUUUCAGAAGCAAUAACUGAACAUUUUGUGCCAAUAUUCAUCGUUUUACCACACAAGAGACACAAAACUCCCAACUCUGAUCCAGAUCUUUGUGGGGAAUGUGCUUUUUAAUUUAUACAAAGCGUGAAUGGACAGUUAUUAGACUGAUAUUUCUGAGUUGUAUUGAUUUAUUUGUCACCAAUGAACCUUCAAAAGAUGGAAUGUGUGGACAAACCUGAUGGUCUAAAGGCCUUUAGAGCGUUAUUGUGACUUUAGUUGAAAAGCUAAGCUAUGUCAUCUCUAAGCAAACUGCCAAAAGUAAAAAAAACUUGUUAUAUUUGCAUUUCUAGAAACAGCAUUCUUAUUAUCUUUUCCAUCUUGACACACAGCUGAUAUAAAUGUACCUCAAAUGGUAUGUGGUCUAUCAAAUUACAGGUAGAAACCACUAUUUCUGGCACUACAUUUUGUAGCAUAAUUUGUUCCAGAUACAAAUAUUAAUUUCUGUUCUAAUUGGAGGAUAUUGUGUGUUGAUAUAAAAACCUAGUAAUGCCAUGAUUUAAUUUAGUGUUUCUCUCAGGAAGAGUUGUUUAGUUCCUGUAUUUAAGUAUUAAUCACUACCCCUCCUCUAACUAUAAAAGUGGAGCACAACAUGAAACUCUAAUUAAUCUGUGGCCUUAACAUUUAUUAUUAAAAAUACUUUCUGUAUGGUAUAUGACUCCCAGUAUUUUCUACACUGGAGAUAAAGCAGUCCCCAUCAAUAAAACUGGAUAAAAUG